AAUGUUUACAACUGGGAGCACCAUAGAAAGCUGCUGCUGUGGCUGCAGCUGGCUCAUGAAAACCAUCUCUCAUGUUAAACACAACAUGCACCUGAAGUGCUAGGAUAUAUACACUCUGACGUGGCACAGGCAGCAGGGCUCCAUCAUCGAGAUCAGCUGCUGAGGGCUGAGAGUAUAGAAUAAACUAUGAAGAAGAAGAGCCGACGUCCAAGGUCAUCUGAGACUUCACGACAGACCAGCAGGACACAGACAACAGUGGGCGUCGGCACGGAGAAGAGGCCGCCUGGAAAUAGAGGGAGACCUCGCAAGACUGUUCCUGUAACCACAGACAGUUUCUACCAUGAUAACACUGCAAAAGACAAAACUGCUAACGUAGACUGUAGAGUGGCGGCAUCUGACGACACACAAAAAUAUCCACAGAGCAAGUCUAGAUCUUCAGCAGGUAGACUGUCAACUGCCGUCUGUCGGCUCUGCCACGGGAAGUUCUCUCCACGCAGCCUGCGGCACGCCUUCAACAAGUGGCCUCAGGAUUCCAUCGAUAUUGUUGAUGACGAGUCUGACGCGGCGGCACAGUCACCCCUUUUAUUUCACACAGACUUCCAGCAACUGGUCGGGGUCCAGUUGGACCGUGACCCCCGGUUAUCAGAGUUUAUCUGCAAGAAAUGCCACUCUAAGUUCUACAAGUGCCACAGCAUCCUAGUCAGGUUUCUGCAGAGGGUCAACCUCCCACCACUUGGGAAAGAAAACCUCAAAAGCUGGAAGAAGUGUCCAGAGGCCUCAGUAAACCAUGGCUCAGCAACACCACAGUCCUUUACCUCAGACCCUAAGUGCCUCCACAGCCUGGUGUCCUGGGCUCACCACCACGGAGAGGCCUGCCGCUCCUGUCCCAACCUGAGAGAGGUGUUGGAGGGCCAGUGCUGGGGCUCAGUUAAGGCCGUCUGGGGUUGCGUUGAUGGUCACAGAUACAUCAUGGACACAUGCACAGGCACUCCCAACCCAGGAUACACAAUGAAUUUAAGCAGCGGACCAUUAGGGAGUGGCAAUGGUGAUGGAGUGAUGUCAGAGGAGGAGGAACAGGAGGAGGAAGAUGAAGAGGAGCAGCCCAGUGGGAAUGGAAGGACCCCAGCAGGAAAUAUGGACACUCUGGCUCAACACAGUCCACCUGCAGUCACAGCACAGACUCAGAGCUCAGCACUGGCUGACUGGACCACUAACACUGAAGGUUUUACAGGUCAUGAGGAGGCGUCGUCUCCUGCUCCGGCCCAGCUGGAGGACAGGGCUGCUGAUAGUGAUCUGUCUGACAGGGUCAUUUCCGAGGAUGACUUUGAGGAGACUAGAAAAGAAGGAUUAUCAGAUGAUGAGUUAUUUGAGCCGUUCUCAGACAAGAGAGCUCGCAGGGUGACCGUCCCCAGCAAGAGAAGAAGAAGCCCGAAGGCCCUGGAGGAGCCCAAAAUAAAAAAAAAACCUGGACCCAAACCUGGCUGGAAGAACAAGUUCAAACCUAAAGCAGAGGAGCUGCCCAACAUCUACAAGUGUCCAUAUCAGGGAUGUACAGCCGUCUAUAGAGCUCCUGAUGGUUUAAAGAAACACAUCAAAGAGCACCAUGAGGAGAUGAGAGAGCGCCCCUGCCCUCAUCCUGGCUGCAACAAGGUUUUCAUGAUCGAUCGCUACCUCCAGCGACACGUCAAGCUCAUCCACACUGAGGAGAGGAACUACAUUUGUGACCAGUGUGGCCAAACCUUUAAACAGAGGAAACACCUUUCAGUUCACCAGAUGAGACAUUCAGGGGCCAAACCACUGCAAUGUGAGGUGUGUGGCUUCCAGUGUCGUCAGCGAGCGUCACUGAAAUAUCACAUGACCAAACACAAGGCCGAGGCUGACCUGGAGUUUGCAUGCCUGAUCUGCGGAAAGCGCUUUGAGAAGGCCCACAACCUGAACGUCCACAUGUCCAUGGUCCACCCACUGACUCAGACUGAGGUUCAACGAGGCAACAGCCAGCAGCAGCACCAGCCGCCGCUGUACUCUGACCUGCACACCAUCACUCUGACCGGGGAGGUGGUUCAGCCAGACCAGGACAGAUGACGGCAGGGAGUCCAGGUCCAGGUCUGCUGCACGGGUACAUAAACUGUGGGAGUUUCCCAGUUCUGACAGCCUCUACUGCAGUUUCCAUUUUUUCCACAUUCAGGUCAUGGACUGUGAUGGGACCUGCCGUAUGGCAAAACAGAUGUUUAUCUCAGUUCUCUACCAAUAUUGCAAUUUUAGCUCAGCUUUUGUGUCAUAACAACACAAUUUAGUGGAUCAGUUUUUUUAUAUUUACUGUCUUAUGGACUGCUCUACAGCUUUCAGGAGUCACUUUUCAUUCCAAACUCAAAUCUUCCAACAACUUUAGAUUUUAGCUUGUUUUUGGGGAAGCAGCCAGCUUUCCUUCACAUAUAACAUUGACAAACGCUGCAGUGCACCCUGACGCCAUGUAGUGAAGGCAUCAAGAAUCUUAGGAUCCAAGUUUCUGGGUCAAAAGGUGGGGUGUUUUGUUCUCAUGCACAGUAUGAACUGAAUAGGGACCUAGUAAAAAGAACCACCAGGCUUACGUGUUUACAGUGUAGUCAAAAUUAGUCACGUUUUAAUAAGGAAAUCAGCCGAUAAUGAUUAUAAUAACUGUUCUGAUUUCAUGGUGAGCAUGGUGCGAGUGGAAACAGUAGGACAAAGUAGAGAUAUUUACCCCGGCCUGUCUUCUCAUUUAGCUCACUGUGGCUGCUCCUGACUGUUUUAUCACUCCCUGCAAUUUUUUAAAUUCAUCUGCUGUCCAAAAAUGGCCACUGUCGGUGUUGUCAGUGCUAACCUUAGUAAAACAUGCACUGCAUUUCUUGUAACUGCUUUACAAUAAAAGUCACCCUGUGUUUUGCCCGAGCAGCAACCUGCAGGGCUGAAAAAUGAAGGCAACACUGAAGUGCCAAAAACUGCAGUUCUUUUAACGGCUACUUGAGGCUGGCUCCAAAAGUGAGUCAGUCUCCACAGACCCUAAUGAUAAAAUGCCAGACUUUACAGCAGAAAUAAACAUGUUUACAGCCUGUUACAUAAAACGGUUUUGGUCUCUAAAGCUAAUUUCAACCUUUCAUGACAGCUGUACGAGAGAUCAAUUUUUAUAUAACUCACCCAUUCACUUCUUAUUAAGGCUUGAAGUUAUGCAUAUUUAGAGGUAGGGCCACUAGCGUGACAAGGCAUCGCUACAGUCUGAGUCAGAUUCACCCCUUGCUCCUUUACAGCUGCACCUUAUUGUCAAGAUGGUGACCACAGAAAUGCAGAAGUCAAGGCAACAAAACGACAGUCCACAAACCAACGGGUGACAUCAAGGUAGCUGCGUACCUUAUUUUAUGAAGUCUAUGGUUUCACCAGUUGAAUGCUUUUCAUGUGAAGCAGCAGCAGUAGGUAAUGUAAGGUUGUCCUGUCAAACCCACAUUUGUAGGUAGGCACUUGAAUCCAGGGUGGGAAUGGUGGACUCUGACAAAAAACAUAGCAAUUUAGAAUCUUAAUGUUUAUAAAUUGAAAGGCGACAACAACUUUUGGUGCCUCUGUUUCAGAUCUGAUGUAAAGAUGAUUUUACACUGCCUGGGGACGAUAUGGAUCUAUACGCAGUUUUAUUUGAUUGCUGAAGUGCACAGUAGCAGCCACAUAUAAAUGACUGUGUAACCUAUAGCAAUGCAGUUCUAAGUCCUAUAAUGCAAUAUUCGUGUUACCUAAAUAUAUGUGAAGCACUUGUGUGGGCUGUGUAAUCACACAGUGCAAAUAGCUUCAAGAAUAUUCACUUCACUUUUAUUAGGUCACUGUUUUUUAUUAAGUUAUUACAAUGCUAAGCACUCUUUUUAAGAGUUUAUAUCUGUAUUGUAAACAGUGGAAAGGGCUUCAGAUGUACAUGUGUA